UUCCUUGCCCAACCUCCUCUUAAGCUUCUCCGGGAGUUUCCUCUUUCCCGGGCUCAGCCACGCCCCUCCCGCCUUUUCAGUUCUGCUUGUCCUCCCUCGGGGAAGCAGUCUCCACUCUCUCUCCCGCCUCUCCAGCACCCGGUGGGGGCGGGGGGCUGCCCCAGUCCGGUACCCUAGCCUCCUCUUAGCCAGCCGCACCUGCCCCGCCUUCCAGCCCCAGGCCGGCUGGCGCGGCGCAGGCGCACCAGGCGUGGACCGGAGGCCGAGGGCUACCACAGCAGCUUCGGCCUCCACCUCCUCCUGCCGCAUCCGCGCCGGGCUGGUCGGCAGCCACCGGGGCCGCGCUGGGCAGGGGCUCCGCGGGCCGCGUGUUGUCAUGGGCGCGGGCUGGAGCACCGAGGAGGAGCGGCAGCCACUGCUAGGGCCCGGACUCGGGCCUGCGCCGGGGACUGUCUGGAGAAGCCGGGAGGCGGCGGCGGCGGCGGCGUCCGGGGUACCCGCGGCGGUCCCGGGUCCCGGACGGGUCUACGGGCGCCGCUGGCUGGUGCUGCUGCUCUUCUCGCUGCUGGGGUUCGCGCAGGGCCUGGUCUGGAACACCUGGGGCCCCAUCCAGAACUCGGCGCGCCAGGCCUACGGCUUCUCCAGCUGGGACAUCGCGCUGCUCGUGCUGUGGGGGCCCAUUGGCUUCCUGCCCUGCUUCGCGUUCAUGUGGCUCCUGGACAAGAGAGGUCUUCGGGUAACUGUGCUUCUGACAUCCUUCCUUAUGGUUUUGGGAACUGGUCUAAGAUGCAUACCUGUAUCAGACUUAAUGCUUAAAAGAAGAUUAAUCCAUGGAGGACAGUUGUUAAAUGGAUUGGCAGGUCCAACGGUAAUGAAUGCAGCUCCAUUUCUCUCUACGACGUGGUUUUCUGCAGAUGAACGGGCCACUGCCACAGCCAUUGCAUCAAUGCUCAGUUAUCUUGGUGGAGCAUGUGCAUUUUUAGUUGGGCCACUUGUUGUUCCAGCCCCCAAUGGAACAUCACCUCUUCUUGCUUCAGAGACUAGCAGGACCCACAUUAAAGAUCUCAUAGAGACUGUAUUAUAUGCAGAAUUUGGAGUUGUCUGCUUACUAUUUUCUGCAACACUAGCUUAUUUCCCACCCCGGCCUCCACUUCCUCCCAGUGUUGCUGCAGCUAGCCAGCGACUGAGUUAUCGGCGGAGCUUUUGUAGAUUAUUAAGCAAUAUGAGAUUUUUGAUGAUUGCUUUAGCAUAUGCCAUACCACUUGGUGUAUUUGCUGGCUGGUCUGGGGUUCUGGACUUAAUUUUAACACCAGUGCAUGUCAGUCAAGUAGAUGCUGGCUGGAUUGGAUUUUGGUCCAUAGUUGGAGGCUGUGUUGUUGGAAUAGCUAUGGCAAGGUUUGCAGAUUUUAUCAGGGGUAUGCUGAAACUAAUUCUUCUCCUCCUGUUUUCUGGGGCUACACUGUCAUCCACGUGGUUCACCCUGAUGUGUUUGAACAGCAUCACACACCUGCCUUUAACCACAGUGACAUUAUAUGCCUCCUGCAUUCUCCUGGGAGUGUUCUUGAAUAGCAGUAUACCUAUAUUUUUUGAGCUUUUUGUGGAGACUGUCUACCCAGUUCCAGAAGGAAUUACUUGUGGAGUUGUCACUUUUUUAAGUAAUAUGUUCAUGGGAGUACUUUUAUUUUUUCUCACAUUUUAUCACACAGAGUUGUCUUGGUUCAACUGGUGCCUUCCCGGGUCGUGUUUGCUCAGUCUCCUCCUCAUUCUGUGCUUCAGGGAAUCCUAUGACAGACUCUAUCUUGAUGUGGUUGUCUCAGUUUAAUAGCACAGACUUGAAGGAGUUUGAAAAGGGACUGCAAAUCAUACGGCAUACUGCACAUUUGCUUGGAGUUGCACACCUAACAGGAAAAAAAAAGGAGAAGAGAGAAGCUUCACUCAGAGGUUUUGUCAGGUUACAGAUGAUCAUAUUCAUUUCAUGACUACUAGGUAACAAUAAUGUGGGACUUGAGUGAUAAUAGGGGGCUUAAAGACUCUAAAUGGCAUACCCGUGCCUGGUUCUGGGGUUGGAAGUGUGGAUAUUUUACACAUAAAGCACUACCUAAAUAAUGCCCUCUAUGUUCUGUGCCAGUGCUAAACUACUGAUUGAUUAAUUGUAAUUAUGGGAAGAAAUAAAGGGUAUCUAUCACAUACCUUACCGAAGUCACAUAUCAGAAUAGGAAGAAAUGCCACUAACUUCUAAAGAAGUUUAAACCCUAUAUCAGAUUUUAAUUAUAAAAUAGCCAACAGGUAUAUCAAUGAUAAAAUUUAGCCACGUGUACACUACAUUUUUUCUAAUAAAGCCAUUUCUUAUAUGACUCCUUAUUUUUAAUUAGGUCGGAAACCUUUGGCCAUCUUUAUUAUGGUGAGCAAGUGCUUCCCAGUGACUUCAGAGCACAUAUUUGUGUCUCGAUCUCAACUUAUCCUUGUUUCUGUGAAAUACAGUUUCAUCUACUAGGCUCUUAAAUAAUUAUAUUAAAGGUGACUAAAUGUUUAAUAUAGUCGCAUUAAGUAUUGUAUGAAAAAUGUAAUUCCGUUCUGAUUUAGCACUUUGUUAAAAGUGAAAUGACAAAUCACAUAGAACAUUCUGUGUCUUCAGCCUAUAUAUAUGCAUAUGUACAUGGUGGCGUGGGAUGUAAAGUCCAGCACCAGCUAUUAUUUCCUAGGGUUGCAUUUUACUAAAUGGUCCUUGUUUGAAAAUAACAAUUUAUAACCUUGAAAUCUUCAAAUCUGUUGAGUUAUAUCUGAAUUACAUUCUUGUGUUUCAAUUCAGGUUGUUUCAAUUCAGUUCUAUAUGGAGUCAGUACAUUUGAGAGGACGAUAUUUUGCCAGUACCUGUUUUCUUUGUAUGGAGGAUAGCUUUUAAAAAAAUGACAGUUACUCAUUGGACAGCUCUCAGACAUAUAUUUCACUGUGACAUAAAAUAUGCUCCGGUGGGAUUAUGCUGUUACCACUGUUCACAUUUACAUAAUUCCCCUUACCCAAGGAAACCAAACGUUUUCUCAAAAAGACAAAAACAGUACUUUCUUUGCCUUCAUUAUUCUCAGCUUCCUUCCACCCCCUCUUUUUCUCUUCAGUUGAAAUUUACAUCUUCCUUGUCAGCCAAAUUUGUAUUUUAUUUGUCUUUUUCUGGACAGAGCACAAGCCAGCUCCUUCCACUAGCCAUGGGGACAAAAUGCAGUUAGAGAGAGCUAGUCAGCCCUCAGUUCUGCUCCUCUCUACACAUGUACACACACCGUCACACACAGUCCCAAAUGCCCCUCCUCUCCCCUCUUGGUAAUUUGAAGGCUGUGUGUUAACUCACCUCAAUCUCAGAGGAGGACCUAAGCUUUCUUCUAAGAUCCUAAAUUGUGCUCCUUGAAAAGUAUGAAAACCCUCCCCUUCAGCAUCUGUCUUCAGUCACCUUUAAAUCAACCCCUUUAUAACCAUCCUGCUAACUUAGCAUCGAGAAUGGAAGGAACUAAGGAACUUGCUAAAGAGAAGAAAACUUGUGAAGGCUGGGCUUACUUCCAAUUAACCCUGUCAUUCUUAAAUAAAAAGAAAGCAGAUUUCCUGAAGAUGAUUGAAAGCCAACCACUAGAGAUAGGAGUAGUCCGUGAGCCAGUGCUAAAAUAACCACCACCCCUUCCUGUAUAGACAGAAGACAGAAAGGAGAGGGAAGAACUAUGAAGUAUUUGGUUGUAGUCAGAACCACUGACUACAACCGCUGUUUGAGGACUGCUCUAUGAAAUUUUGCUAUAAUUAAGACGUGAUACAAAAUAUUUUAAUUAUAGCUAACUCUACUUCUAAUACAAAGUAAAGAAAAAUAUUAAAAAUAUUACCUAAAUGACUAUUUAGUUGAAAGACAUCCCAAGUGAGUAGUGAUCAAAAAUUCCUACGUUGUACCAGACACCAGCCAUUGUCUUAGCAUACGUGAGGUGAGAUGGUCCUUCCAGCUCAUUCAUAUCUGGCAGAUGCUUGUUCUGAUCACAAACUGCCAUGUUUUAAGUGAUCAAAAUUUCAUAUACCAAACCUGAUAUAACCAAAGGGCUUUGGAGGGUGGGGGAAGAAGAUUACACAGUAUUUCCUGAAUGUUUCAAGUCAUAUUUUUUUUUCACUUUGUGUGAUUAUUUCUAGCAUGCAUAAAAAUAGACCAGCUGUUGUCUCUGUACUUUCUAAACAAAUACUGCAGAUUUGUAAUGAUAUUUUAUAAUGAAAGAAGUCUUAACACUCCACUAAGCCAAGCCCUCAUUUUAGAAUUUAUAGAAACCAUCCCAGAAAGGUCAAGGGUCUUGCCGAAGGUCACAAUUCUAGAUAGUGACAAAAGUAGAAUCAACUAAAACCCACACUGACUCCCAAAGCAAUGUUUUUCCCUACCUCACAAAACAUCAGCUUAAUUUGGACUUUUUGGGGGUGUUCAUGAGCACCCCUCCAUGUUCAUACACAGUGGGACUUAAGAGCAAAUCAUCAUUAUGGAGUGUGGAAAGUACAGGGGUCCAAUUGAGGUGACUGUUUUUUAAGUAAGAUCAUUCUGUUUUCUUCACCCUGUUGGUGCUCUAAGUCUUAGCUUGCAGGAACAUAAUAUAAAAAGAUUCUGAUGAAUAAUUCAAUCCUCAUAAACCAAGUCAACAGCAUUAAUUGGUAAGGACAUGUUAUAGUGUAAGUUCCCUGUGGCUUAUCAAUGAAUACUUCACAGUUUAUGGGAAGAAACAUUUUUUAAUAUGGUCCAUGGUGGAGGCAUAGGAGCAAGAUAAUUACACACACAAAUGCAUUUCACUGGAGGAUGGAGCUAAUAAAAUAACAAGAGGGAAUCGAGUACAAGUAUAAUUUUGUAUAUUUAAGCAUAUAUGGCUUAAGGGCCAAGCUUUAUCAUAGAUCAUAUAUUUAUGCUUAAUUAUUGAGAAUGUUUACAGCUUGUUUUUAUGAAGCCCUUCUAAUGAGGGAUUCAAGCUAAGAGAUUUUAAAUCGAAGAGAUUAAAUUCCCAUCUACUUUACAUUAGGUUUUUUUACUAUUAUUUUUACUAAAAUCUAGGCAUUCGUCUUGCUGCUUGCAUAAGUAGAAGCUCAUUUCAAACUCAAGAUCAAAUACAAAUGCACAGUAAAUUUACUUUAAAUUAAUGUUAAAAAUCACAUUAAUUCCACACUUGUGCCUGAGAUAAUAAGUACAGGAAUUACUAUGAUUAUACCAUCUUAUGUAAUAAGUGCAAAAGCUGUGAUAAGAAGAAAGUGCCAUAUUAAAAAAGAAACAUACAAAAAACUAUGAGGGUAUUUGACUAGGCGUGUUUUGUAGUUAGCGGAACAAUAGAAAUCCACUUUAAUUUGGAAUUAUACAGAAAGGGACAAAUUAAAGUUUAUUUCCAUACUAUCAAACAGUUCGUCAGUCUGUUAGGAAAAUAUAAGCAAUGCUCCAGAGGCAGGUGGUGUUGGACCACCCUAGAAGAACAAAAGCUGACCGAGAGAUUUUGGGGUGUUCUUUUAACAGCAUCCAUUGGGUACUUUGUGCUCAAUGGAGGUAGUUGUGUGCUCAGUAAGCAGACACCUUCGCUACCCUAAGCAGGCAUGUCCUUUCAGGUGUCUGAGACUCUCCUAGGUGUCUGCUUCCUCAAACUGACUUCCUGGCACAGGCUUCCCCCUGAACUCCACCCUAAGCUCUGAGGCAAAAGCGUGGUCUCAUUCUUGAAUACUUCUAAGGCCACGCAGCUGGGCUUCCCUUUCCUGAGCAGGACACUAGCAUGACUAAAUCCAGAAAGAUUUAACAGUUCUCCCACAGCAAGUCUGAUAAGUUAGAAUAUUCCCUGAAAUGGGAAUGACAAAGGUCUCUAACAAGCUUUUCUAGUCAUUAUUUGCUGCAUUUUAGAAUAUGGGCUGAUUAAACUGCCUUCUGUAGUCUUUCUGUUGUGCCUUGGAACCUGGAAGACCUCUAUUAUAAUAGCUUUCCAUCUCAACCCACACUCAGAAAGUGAGAGCAAAAGGUUACCCCACCCUAGCUGUUCUUUCAUUCAACAAGGGAGAAUUACCUUAAAAAAAAAAAAAAAAACAAAAAACUAAAACUAAACAAACAAACAAAAAAAGCAAAUACAAAAGGAAAGCGUGGAAUUCAUUUUAGCUUGAUAAAAUGAGAGAAACACAACAAACCAUUUUAGCUCUAACCCCACAUCACAGUGCUCUCAGGGUUCUCUCCUGGCUCUUCUAGUCUGCAAGGGAGGCUUCUACAGUCAUGACCAGAAUGUCAAGAAUGACUUGGAGACACUUUUAAUUUACCUAAAUGGUAAAAAGUGAAAUGUCUGCUUAGUACAACUUAAUUUAGACUUUUUCUAAUUCAGAUUGAUUUUCUUCUCAUUAACCCAAGAUGAAUCAUGGAAUCAAGGAGAUGAUCUAAUCCAACUACCUCAUUUUACAGAUUAACAGAGAACCUUUCAGGUUCAAUGCCACAGGCAGGUUUUAGCAGGUAAACUGAGUCCUAGACCAGCAUUCUUUCCAUAAGCGAUCAAUGUGGUAACCAGAAACAAAUUUUUUAAGUAAAAUUUCUUCCAUUUCUUUUAAUUUUUUGAAAAUUAAACACGAAGUGCAUGAAUGCUUAUCCAUUAUAAAAUACCCAGUACAGAAAUACAGAGCGAAGUCUACCUCCGUACAAACGUGCUGACUCCAUUCCCCUUUUCCAAAGUAUUCCUUAUGAAUCCUUUCAGAAAUUUUUCUAUGCAUUUGCAUACAUAUGUAUAGAUACUUAGAGGGAACUUAAAAUCAAGUUGUUUAGGGAACUGUUUCUUAGACCAUGUUGGCUUUAACUUUCUUGGGCAGAAGCAGGAGUUUCUGAGAUCCUUAUUUCUCUCCCAGGUGAGUCUCUAUCAAAUGUAGGAGUGGUUAGUAGAGACAUUCCACAGACCUGGUUGUGUACCAUCAAGCUCUAUCACAUCCUGAAGCGUAAAGAUGAAUUCCAACAUGCAAUAUUCUGUUUUUUCUUAUUGGAAAUAGAGUUUCUGUUUUUAUGUCACCAACUAAGGCCCAUGUACUGUGAGAGAAGAGAGUGAAUGACCCACACCAAAACCCAAAUAGAUUUUCUUGACAGGGCUUCCUCGUCUCAGCAGAGGCACAAAUACUGUAGAAGGUGGAGUCAAGAGAAUAAACUAUGUGAUUCCAUUUUUUUAAACAAUGGCUAGUGAAGAUUCUGUUAAUCCUUACUAUUUUCCUGGCCACCUUCCUUAGCUAUCCUAUCUUUCAAGCUAGCUACCCAUAAAACGGAUUAAUUGUAGUAGGACAAGAGCAUAGGUUGGCUUGGUCACCUCCUCUUCUUUUCCUGCCCGUCUUCCCAUCCAGCUUUCCCCUUUCUGGUUGUAUCUUCUUAUGUAUUCCUGACUCUGCUUGAAAGCAAGCUGUGUGAAACCCAGAUAUUCUGAGUUGCCAGCUUUAGAGAGGAGAGCUGGCCAGUUUCUUCAUGUACUAGACUGGAGAGACCCAGGAGCCCCCGUAUCCCAGGCCUGGCGUCUUCAGCUAUUUGAUCUGGAGCAAGUCACUUCAUUUCUUAUUUACCACAUCUCUGAAGUGAAGGAGUGAACAAGGAUGUUCCCUAAGGUCUCUUCCAGUUCAAAAAACUCAGGUCCAUUCUUACUUAAGUAGUAGGAAAUGAUUAAGCACAUGCAGUCUCUAAAACUGCAGAGCUUUCCAGCACCUUCAUGUUUCCCUGUGUGCAGUGGCCCUCCUACUGUGAACACAUGGACGAUUCCACUGCACAUUUGACAAGAAGAAAUGGCUUUUUCAUUGUCUGUGGUAGGAGACAAGCUACAGGUACUGUUUAUUUCCCCAAAGGACUUCGUAUAUGAAAUGCAGGGUGUAUUAAAUUUAUCAAACCCAAUAAGAGAAAAUCUGCCAUUUGAUGUUGAGAUAGCAUUCUGGGAGCCAGCUCAGAGUACUGCAUUUGUUCCCUGGAGUCAGGCCAAACCAGGAAACCCAUCCCUUGGCUUGCUGUGAUUCAUCGUGAGUCAGUAAUGGGUUUACACCUGUAGAAAUCAAACUGUCAGAUCAGAUGCGAAAGCCCAUCCUCAAACUUGUAUUUUGAGAGUCAUGGCCCCAAAAGAAUUGCAAGUUGCUUUCCAUGUCAUCUCUACCUGGCCACAUUCUGUCAGUAGAGCGCUGUGCGGAUAUUUUACUGAAUGAGAGCAGGGGCGUAGCAUGCCAACGUCUGACCUGUGUGCAGGUGUUAGUAAAUAAGGCUUCACUGAGAUUCUAAUGUGAGCACAGCUGUCAGAGAGAGAAAUGAACCAAAAAAAGAGAUGAGGCUGGGAGUCUGGAGGCCUGGGUCUCAGCCUCUGUCUCCAGGGCAGCUGCUGGGCACCCUUGGGGCCUUGGGCAAAUCACCUGUUCUCUGUGAACUUCAGCUUCCACACCUCUACAUUAAGAGGGUCAGAGUAGAUGUUUCUUUUGGCCGAAAAGUUUUAUACACCUAUUGGUCACACACCACAGAAAGUAGAAAACAACAUGAGUGCAAUACCUAUCCAUCAGUACUUCCAAUUAUACAUUAUCGUUUCAAAUAAAUGAGGAACUAUUAUAAGGCAGUGAUGUGUUAUAGGUGUCAGGAAAUGAGAGAAGCUCUCGGGCUGUCAACAUACCUGUGUAUUCCUUCAUUCAUCCUUUUAUUCAUUCUGUGUACAGAGUAAUUGCAUGUGUGAAAUGUGUGCCUGUGAAAGAGAAUCAGAAAAAACAAAAGAUAUUUCUAUCCUUCAGGACCUUUUAGAUAUGUUUUUAAAAACAAAAACAAAUGCUCUUCUGAGCUAACAAUUAAAAGAAAUAAUGACAGUUUCCCAAAUCCUGAAUUAUGUCCAGCAGGAACCUAAAUAUCUUUCUCAUACCAUCGUUAACCACAACUGAUUUCAAGGAAAAGAUAUUUUGUUCUAUUGAAAUUUUCAUCGUAGACAGAGCCUAUAUCCGUGUGGGAGCAUAGAAUCAAUUCUGGCAUGAGGACUCCCAAACCAUUACUCCCAUCAUUACAGGGCUGGGGGGUUACUAGUCCUUCAGGAAGUUGGGAAGGUUGUUGGCACCUGCACCUUCCUCCGAAGACAAAUCGAACAACUGUGUGCACACUAAGAUACACCUGUUCACAAGGCCUUGCGAGUCUCCUUUGAAUUUUAACAACAAAGACUAAACACCAAAGAAGGAUUUGUAAUGAGAGAGCUUGGGAUUUCGGCCUGUCAACUAGAUAAAGGGCUAUUCUGGGGACUAGAGACUUUGUGGGAGCCCUUCAGGUCUCUCCACCUGCGAGUGAACCCAAGCACACUUGAUGCAUCGCUAGCAAAGUCCUGGUCCCCAAAGACUUCGCAGAAAUCCAAAGAUGCUAAAAAGGUCAGGGUUUAGUUCUGUAGAUGAUUUUAUUUAUUGCAGAUGUCCCCAGUGUCAAACGUAUCUCUUUCUCCACCAGGAAUAUAUCAUUUUGGAGGCUUGUGAAAAUUAAACUUCAGGAAAAUUCUGCUUCCCUCCCACUAAACUGCAUCCACGUGUCCCAAACAAAAUUGCUUUCUUGACCUACACACACAGCUACCUAUUUCUGUUUAGAUCUGUGACUCAGAGAAAGUGACCGGAAGAAGUCAUGAGAGGUGAUGGCUCCCAUUUCACCUGCCAUAGGCAGGACAGGGUCAGUCCAGUGGAAUUCAGCUAAGAUCGAAGGGGUGUGUUGGGGUGGUCUCUUUCUUCUUAGUUCUUUCCUGAACUCACUCAUUCACAUUGUAUUGCUCUUCCCAGUGAGUAAGUUAGUGCUGAGAAAUCGUUUUAGUAAGUGACGUAGAUGUCUCCGAUGGGGUGGUCCCUCUCCUCCAUAAUCCUCCUGCCCUUUCAGCUCAUGCCCUAGAAUCCUUGCUCCAUGUCCCAAGGAAAUGCAUUACCCUUUUUCUUUUCAGGGCAAAAACAUCGAUUGAUGUCUUAGCCCUGCCACCUCACCCUCUUUUAUCUAAGAAUAGAGAAGCCUUUCCAUAUUUGUUGUCUUUUUCACUGAAGCUUAGUAUAGACCCCCAGGCAGGACAACUCCAUACUACAUUCUGUCGCCUGUAAUUGUCCUUCCCCUGAACUGGGGGAAAGGUUAUUCUAAUGAACCAGCUGCUGAGUCUUUUCCUAUUUGGUCUUUUAUCAAUAUUGCUCUACCAGUAAAUUCUUUGUUAGCUAGGUCCUGGAAUUUAUUUCAUGGUUUUUUUUAACUUUAAUUUUUUUUCCUACAAAAUUGCUUCUUUUAUCUUAGAGCCGACUAUGAUCUUUCUCUUCUGCGUACUUUAUAAUACAAUUUGAACAUAAUGGAACAUUCUAAAAUAGUCAGGCAGGGAUUUCAUCAUAGCCAAUAUUAAAUGCCAGGAGAGGCAGGUCAUAUUAAAAGAGAAAAAAGAAAAAAGAUCUAGGAUGGAGGAGGCUGGGUCUCAUCAUUCAACUGGUAUAUUUUGGGCUCCUGCUGCAUGCUGAGCCCUGGGCUAGGCACUGAGGAUGCAGAAACAAGUAAGAUAUUGUGCUGGGCCUCACAUUCAUUUUCUGAUGAGUCCAUUCAUAAAAACUGUGUAAUUCAAAGCUAGCAAGCCCCCCCACCCCCCACCCC